CAAACUAUGAUAAUAUUUCUUUAUUAAAUCCAGUUAAUAUUGAUGCAGAAAAUCUUUGUAAAUAUUUAUCUCAAAAAUAUAGUUCACUUUUUGAUAUUAGUUAUAAUAAUUCAAAAUUACAAUGGGCAUCUUAUUCAUCUUUAGAAUUAA